UUAGCUUAACUUAAGUACUCAACAAAACAAACACAGCUUAAUUUUCCAAAACUAUUUCUCAGCAUCGGUGAUUGUUUUGUUGCUGUACGGGAAGUAUGCUGACGAUUAUCAAGGAUUCAUGUUAUGUACAGGUACUUUAUUUGAUAUCAUAAUCAAUAACAUCUUAGGCUAGCUACUACUUUGAUUGACGUGCGGCUUGCAAUGUGCUGUUCAUUCUCUCUGUCCUUUUUUUUAUGCAUUAGAGACAUGUUGGCAGCAAGUAGAAAUAAUCAAUCAAUCAAUUUAUCAACUUAUUUCGAAAACAAGUCAAUUUGUCACAAAAGAAAAAAAAGCACAUUACAUAACAGUGGGCAAUGGUAAAUUCUCCAGAUAUUAAGCAAAUAGGAACGGUUAGGUUAAAACACUGAAUUGCACGAUUAUUUUGUUUUAUUUUAUUUAUUCGCAUUAACAAACAGCUAUAACAACCGCCAUAAACAUGUUAAAAUACAUAUAAAAUAUUUACGUAAAUAGAUAUAAAAAUACAUUAAAAAGUACUGACAAAUUUUGAUUUAAAAACAUUUAAAUUGUCAAAAAAAAUAUCAAUAUCAAUAUUAGACAUAAAAAACUUAUCAUAACAAUCACAUAAACGUUUAAAUAAACCUCCUAUGUAACAUCAACACCCGGCUACGAGGUGGGUUUAAAAGACCUUGAUUUACGGGUACGCCUGGGCACAUGUACAUUAAAUAAAGAAACUAAGUCACAAUCAUAAUCAGAAUUCAAUAUCUUAAAAAGAAAAACCAUGUCAGAGAGCAUUCUACGAUCACUAAGUAAAUUAAUAUUAAAAACAUAUUUAGGACAAUUCUUUAUAAUGAGUCUACAACAUUUUCUCUGAACACGUUAUUAUAAGCUAGGCCUACUCUAGCCUAGAAAAUAUUCAAAUCAAUGGUGAUAUAAUUUAAUCAACCAAUAUCUAAAAGAUUCUAACCUACAAAAUUAACAGAAGAUAAAGAUGCAAAGACGCUGAAUGAAAAUAAUGAUUUCUUUUCCGAUUUUCAGGGCAAAAACAGAACUUACAGCAUAAGUAAACAAACAGAGCCCUGUUUCGAGGUGUUAUUGUAAUGUUUUAUAAUUAUUUUAGUGCAAUUGGUUGUAUUCGUAUCUAGAUUAAGAAGAAAGACAACUAAUUUAGUCAUUUUAAGGUCAUGCAUCGAACACUUUCGAAGACAGGAAACAUAUUUUAGAUGUCUGAAGGAAAUAUCUUCAUUGUUGUUAAUCUAAUUCAGAGCGAUAUAUGACGGACUGCGAAUUAAAACCGUUAAAAUUCGGACGAUAUGUAUAAAUGACAUGAUUCCUGGGCAUCCUGUUUGUAAUAAUAUCUUCACUUGUUAUUUCCAGAUGAAUUCAGAAAAUUCCAGUAAACUUGACACGUUCGAGGCUAACUCCACCUGCUGCCUUGCACAAUAAUCCAUGACGUCAUCAUCGGAUAAAUUCCUGACGUCACAUCAGGCCAUUGAUUCAGCCAUUGGCUGUUGAAAGGCUGAGUGAAUCAGCCAGUCAUUCACCCACACAACAGCGUGGUUUACAAUCAACAAACCAUGUAUAUAGAGUCAGCGUUAUUAUUAUCUCAAGUAUCUGAAGCGAGCAGACGAUACGAGUGUUUAUUCUUGCGCAUGGACUUGCAUUGAAAACGACAUAUCACUGUUGCUCUUCACAGCGCGUGGAUUUAUAUAUCACCUUUCAACGAGCUCUUCUUAAUCACUGUGACGUGGAUUAUAUAACAAAAUAAAUUUAUUUUUUAAAAAUAGUGUUUCCGAAACAAGGAAUUAUAUAAUUGAAUUCUUACAUCGAGAUGGAAUUACCGGGUCUAGGCGAGCAGGUAUUUCUUGCGGAUUAUAUACAGAAGCGGCGGAUACGAAGCAGGAAAAUUGAAUACCUAGUGAAGUGGAAAGGAUGUUCCGUUAAAGCUAGCACAUGGGAACCGGAAACGAACAUACUCGAUCCCACUCUGAUUAGAGAAUUUGAAGACAGAUUACAGCUAAGCUGGGCUCAGCAUAGAAGAGGACGAAAACCAAAGUUAACACAGAGCAAGGUUCUGUCAAGGCUGAAGAAGCUUUCAGAUUUAAGCGACAAUCGAUUCCUUUCCGUCAACUCUAAGCCCCGAAAGCUUUCCGUAGAGGAGGUUUACGGAAGUGACGAUAGUGAUUGCGUAAUGUCACCCACACUCGGGGACGGUAAAUGGGAUUCGGACUAUUUCUCGGCAGACCACAACGAAAACACAGACCCAAUAAAUAGGAACAUCGCUCCAUGUUUGGCAACAGAUGCAGACACGGCAGAACGUAAAUCUCAGCCAACAUACACCACAACAACGCCCUUACCGCCUAUUGACACGAAUUUCCUUUGCAGUGCACCUUUAUCCCCAGAUGAAGGCUGCGUUGCCUCGCCAACAAGCGCGUAUUCGUCAGCCUCGGACGGAUAUAGUAGUCAGAGCUGUCUGCCUCACAAAGAGUCAGCCGCCAAAACAAAUUCUGAGUUCACAUCAUCUACGCUAAAAAUGGGCAAGUUUUCACUUUUGAGAAAGUAUAGGAAUUCGAUGGAAGCAGAGAAUAGGGCUGUGACCGUGACAAACGUAACCGUGGGGGACAUUACAGUCGCCAUUAAAGAAAGUCUUACGACUGAUGGGUUUUUCAGAUAUACGGAAGACUGAAAAAGAAAGUAAUAAAACGAGGAAAUAAGAAAACGUAUGAAAAGUUGAUACACGAGGCAUUACGGAAGUGAAAGAGAAAAUGCUAGAAUAAACUAUGCAAGGAAUAUGAAGAAGUUUAGACAGAAAUGAAGCGGACUAAAUAGUGUGUACUGACGACCUACAACUUGUAGGAAUACGAAUAUUCAAGUGGAAGUUUAGUCCGAUAGCGGGCAGAAUUGAAGUCAACAGACAUGGCGGCCACUUGAAAGAUAAGGAAUUACGAAAAUGAGUAAAGCAACUUUACUCAUUCACUGUAGAAAUUACAUGCGAGUUGGACUCUACUGUAUAAUUAGAACACAUGAGAAAAGAAACAUCUAAUAAUUUCACUGUAUAAAAUUUUAUAAUUGCGGUAACAAAAGACAACAUUUUAAAGACCAUGCCCAAUUGCUUAUCAAUAAAUCAAUUUCUAUCAUUGCACCUUUGUGUGUAUAUUAAUCUAAUGUGAAGGAAAUUUUGAGUAAGUUUGAAGGAGUCUUGUCUUCGUUCAUAAUUAUAGUAUAGAGUUUCGUAGACUCCAUUGGAGGCCAACAAACAUGAUCAAGUAGGCCUAUCAGGAUAGAUGGGGAGGAGUCUAGUCUUAAUCUUUUACAUUUGAAAUAUGACGGUGAAGAAAACAAUGAGAAUGAAAAGUUCAAGUAGGUUUUGCUAGUUCUACUUUUAUUAGUACAAUCCGGGUUGUCGACACUAGGGCUGCUCUUAACGCUCCUUGGCUCUUCCGGAUAAUGUCAAUUAUAAAUCAUUAUAUUUUUCGUUUGUUUGCAUUAUCUUUAUUAUACCUACGGUGUUAGAAGAUGAGGUUAGGGUUAGGGCGACAUUACAUUUCUGUUAAAUUACCUUUUCAUAGUAGCUCUGUUUAUGUUUUAUUAUUUUCCGUCAGUUUUAAUGGGUCAAAGAUUGCUGUUUUUUUUUGUUUUUUUUUUUUGUUUUUUUUUGCCUCAGGGGCUAUCUGAGAGACUAUUGAGUUACUUCGCAAUGUUAAGCUAAUUGGUAAUUGAAAAUACAUUAUGUUUAAGCUCGGCCAUUUGGAUUUCUUCAUGCUAAGUAUGAUUGUAUCAGACAUAAUCUUUUCUGGAUUUAUCACUUGUUUUACUAGUUUUCCCCAAAAAUACUGACGCGCAAUUGAUGUGAUAUGUUAACACGAGCUAGCUCCAGUUCCUGUUAAAUAAGACGGACUUACAUCCUGGUUCCCAUAACAUCGCUACACGCUAUCGACGCUGAUUGGCCAAUCGUGUCGGGUAGCAACAGUAAAGAUUUUAUGAAAAGGGGCUUUAAAUGUACUUUAGCAUUGUAAAGUUUGCAUUUCUAUCUUGUCAGUUAGUACAGCGUACAUAUGCUAAAUUCGGUGUAUGUAAUUUUUAUACGUAAUGAGGAAUAUAAGCAGUAGAUCGUACUUGUAGAUGCCCUCUUGUUCAACAGAAACAUUGACUGGAGAUUAAAAUUAGCGUGUUGCAGUAUUUAUAAUCCUUGUGUAUGUAGUAGAACAAUACUAGUUACAAAGACUUUUCCAGAAUCUACAUUUUCAAAUUUUUCCCGUUCAAAUCAAAAAAGCGCGUCAAAAUACGCGCUGCUGUCGUUAAGGACUUUUUGUGUGGUAAAGAAUACAAAAUUGCCUGACAACCAAUACGCGCUCGUUUUGACGCGCUACUGUGAUUUCACGAACUAACACAAUCUACUUUGAUUGUGUUAGUUCGUGAUGUGAGCGACGGAUUAUAUAAUAAAUAUUAGCCUAACCGUAACAUCUUUGCGAAUAAUGUAAUACUAUAGUGCAUUGAUAUGUAUACUUAUCUUGACGUGUAAAUUAUUAUCACAAAGACUUAACAGAAAAUGAUGAACUCAUUCUGCUGAUUAAUUUAAAAAAUCAUUAAUUCAAGUAACCUGUUAUUUUAAUCUCCGUAUGCGUUCUGUUGGGACAAUUAGUUGAUCACCUUGGCUGUUAAAAUUAUGUUUUGAGAAAAACAUAUCGCUCGUGUCCAUUGACUUUUGGACCAGAAGCCCUCCGCUGACUACAUUUCUUGAUUUAUACCGUAUCCAACUAAGCUAAGUCAGCCAAUUUGCUUUUCUUAUUGAAGUUUCAUUUCUGAAAGUUAUGAAUAACCUGCGGAUAAUACAUAUAGCCUAUAUAUUAUGUAUAUAUAUUAUAUAAGCCUAUGUUUGUUUUAAGUUAUGAAAUGAAAUAUAUCGGUCGCUAUUCCAAGGGGGAAAUCAGUGGCCCCGAGGCGACUCAGUAAGGGUGAAGUAUUUUGUACAAUUACUAGUGUGCUAUCAUGCGACACGCAAAUGAUUUUAUCUUAUAAUAACUCUAUGGUUUUAUCACAUACUUGGGAUGAGACAUUAAAAUGUCAUGUAAAUAUAGAUUCUUCGUUAUUCACUAGCCCUACACAUUGUCUGUGUAUCGUUAACUCGUAGAAACUUCUUCCGUCAAUAUAGUUAAAAUGCGAGUGCUAGAUAAAUGACACAAUGAGAUAUGACUAUUAGCGACUUAAGCGAAUGUUGACGUUAAAUUUUGAAAAGAUGUCUCGUGAUAGAAGUCACAUUGUCUUUUAAUCGUGUAUCGGCGCCAUAACAAUAUAUUUGACCAUAAGUAUAAACCGGACCAACAUUUAAGGUGAAACAAUUGAAGGCGUUUAAGGCUUUGGUCAACACGCUUCAAAUGCAAACGCAAGACGAUGCGUUUCAUUGUUUUCUCAUUCCCCCAUUGUAAAAAAAAACAAAAAAACAAAACAAAAAAAAACACAAAAAAAAACACAAAACAAAACAGAACAGAAAAGAAAUCAAGACUUGCGUGCGUCAGAUUACGCUUUUAACAUCAUGCGGUUCACACUAAGAAAAUAUGCAUUGGUUUCUGGCGUGAAAAUGUGUCUUAAUUACUUUUGAUCCUUUUUGUUUGAUGCAAUGAUGCAAUAAUCAUUUUAGCAUUCACGUUCUACUAGAUAAACGAAAAACAAGUUUAAAUAUAAAGCCAAUAGUAGGAUUUUACCAAAAUCAACCAAAAUCCGGGAAAACCCCCGAAACGCAGUAUCAUCCGGGAUUCAAAUAAAUUGUUUUUCUGGUUUAAUGUGGUUUUGAAUAAUUAAAAAUUCCACAUUUAACAAAUAAAGCACUAGAUGAUGAAGGACAAAUAAACAUAAUGACGGACCUCCGUCUUUAAUACAAAUUUUCUCUGGUGGAUCAUUAUCAUAUUGCGUUUGAUGCUACAGGCUGUCUAAUUGAUUUACAACUCAUUGGCUCUUUUCGAGCAGCGUCUCGAAUCUUCCGGUGUGUUAUAUUAUAAUAUAGGCAGGCGUAUAUUAUAUAACACACGUGAAGGCGUCUGUGUGUUAUAUAAUAUAGGCCUAGUCCUGCCUAACUUAUGUUCUUUCAAAAAAAAUAAUGCUUCAAACGUGCAUAUAACUGUAAUGAAUUUACUUUUUUGAUAUUACAAUGGAAUGAUAUAUUUUGCGGGUGACUACAGAAGUGGGUAUAUAUUUUGAAUUUGAACCAAAUCGAGGGGUACGUUUUGUAAGUAAAGAUUAUAUUUCAAUAAAGUACAUUGAAGACAAAACUUAA